AUGAGCUCGUCGUGGCUGUUCCGACACUGUGCUCGUCCGUUCACAGCGGCGCGAGUACGUACGUGCAGUGCGCCGAAUCGGCUUAUCCACGUACCUUCUACGUCUCGUCUUUGCUCACGUUGUUCUCGAGUGCCUCUCCGCGCGUCUCUGCCAUUGUCACGGGAGCUAUGCUCUCCAUUUGGUUGCCAAAAAAGUGCUUUUUUGGUGUGGUCAAGUCCGUUAAAUCGCUUUUACUCGUCUGGACGUAAAAACACGUGGCAAAACGACAAGCACGACUGGACAGCGACGUUAAAAACCGGCGGACUCGUUCUAUUGGGCACAGGCGCACUUCUCGCUUCAACUUCUUUGGCUUUUGGUUUAAUCAUUGCAGGAGCAGCCGGGAUCGGCGCGUACACUUUGUACCACAAAGUCUUGCGUCUGUACCGCUCGCACACUCGCUCAUCCAGCACUAGGGACUCGUUCAGCUCCGUGAGCUCUAAUAUUGAUGCACUGAACGAUAUGUUUCGUCGCAGUCAAGGACGUGGCAAAAAGGGAGCAGCGCCGGAUGAUCAGUUGAGCUCCAUGGUUCAGGGACUGCCAUUGGUGGUGCGAGGAUUUGUCAAGAUGGUGUUUUCGCUUGUGGGAAAUGCCAUGCAGAGCUCUUUGGAGCGCGCCAGCGAGCUGCAACGACGUGCCAAUGAACAUUUGCAGGCGAAUCAGCGUGUGCGUGAUCAAAUGGGCGACGAUGUGAGUGUGGGUGAACCGGAGCAGUGGAUGGAAUCGACUGUGAAUGGUGUUGGGCAUAUUGAAGCAGUGUUUCCAGUCAACGCGGCGUACAGCUCGGCACGGGUGACGAUGAAGGCUUCGAUUGGUUCAGGAGGUGAUCUGACGUUUACAGGGCUCAAGUACCACAAUCGCCAAACUGGUGACACGAUUGAUUUACUGCGUGACUCAUCUGCUGGCGGUCGGCGGAAGACCGUCAUUGACGCCGAGUACGUUGACCUGAAGGAUAACAAGGACAGCAGCUUUCGCCGAUAA